AUGCCAUUUAUAUGUGCGGAGUGUGGGAAAGGAUUCAACUGGAAUUUAAUAUCUGAAAAUCAUAAAAAAGUUCACACUGGAGAGAAGCCUUACAUAUGUGAAGAAUGUGAACAAGGAUCGAUCCAUAAAGCAAAGCUUCAUGAUUAUCAGAAAGUCCUCACUGAAGAAAAGCCCUUUGAAUGUAAUGAAUGUGGGAUGGGUUUCAACCAAAAGCCUUUAUUUCAAGCUCAUGAGAAAAUGCACAUUAAAGAAAAAUGCAAUAAUUGGGAUGAGUGUGGGAAAGGAUUCAGUCAUAAGACAAAUCUUCAUAAACAUGUGAAAGUCCACUCUGAAGAAAAGCCUUUUAUUUGUGAUGAGUGUGGGAAAGGAUUCAGUCAUAAGUCAAAUCUUCAUAAACAUGUGAAAGUCCACUCUGGAGAAAAGCCUUUUAUUUGUGAUGAGUGUGGGAAAGUAUUCAGACGUAAUUCAAACCUUCACGAACAUAUGAAAGUCCACUCUGGAGAAAAGUCCUAUAAUUGUGAUGAGUGUGGGAAAGGAUUCAGUCAUAAGUCAAAUCUUCAUAGACAUAUGAAAGUCCACUCUGAAGAAAAGCCCUUUAAUUGUGAUGAGUGUGGGAAAGGAUUCAGUCGUAAGUCAAUCCUUCAUGAACAUCUGAAAGUCCACUCUGGAGAAAAGCCCUAUAAUUGUGAUAUGUGUGGGAAAGGAUUCAGAUUUAAGUCAAACCUUCAACAACAUCUGAAAGUACACUUUGGAGAAAAACUCUUUAUAUGUGAUGAGUGUGGGAAAGGAUUCAGAUGGAAGUCAAACCUUCAUAAACAUCAUAUAAUUCACAUGAGAGAUAAGUCUAUGUAG